AUGAGCGUACUUUUUAAUCGGAAUGCUGCUCACGAAGCUCAAAUGCUCUCUACGAUGCGUGAAUUCAAAUUAUUCGCACACAAAUCCGGUCCUCACGUCCUGUUUCAGCACACGCACGCACACACGGCUGGGGUGAUGAAUUGCCAGUUGGGCGUAAGGUGUGCCUACAGGAAACCCUGCGCCGCCUCCUCCUCCUCUUCCUCUUCUUCUUUCAAGGCCCCCGCGUUUUUUUCCAGCACGAUGGCGUUCUUUCUUCGCGUCGACUUGUUGAAUUUAAUCAUUUAUGCUGCAACUCCACAUUGCGAUGCAAGAGCGCAGUGCAGCCAUAGUGGGGCAAACGCGAGACUGGGUGGCGGCAGCAGCAACAGCAGCGCAACUGUGUCCGACAGCGUGAGGGCUAAUCUCUGGGUGACGGUUAAUUAA